UCUUAUGUUUGGAUAGCGGCGGGAUAUACCGCGCCGUUCGUCGUCCGUCCACAUGUUUUGGCAAAGCAGACGAAAGGGGGCGACAGACCUGUAUAUAUUUAAACCAAUCGACUAAUUUAUUUGAACAACGAUAAUGCUACGCAUAAUUAGCGGCGCAACGCGAACUGCGUGCGCCGGGUGGAUGAAUCGCCAGAGCCCGUACACCUGCGGCAUCUUGAGGUCGGCCGAAAGAGUCGCGGGAUUUCGGACUACACCGCCUCGAUAUAUUCAUCCGGCUUUCUUAUUGAUCGCCAAACAGUUAACAAAAGGUUUAGCUGUCCUGACUGGAAGGGGUUUUCGCAAAUGGUGGCGUAGCCUACCACAGGACAGGAAAGCCUACUUUGUCGCUGUGGCUAAAAGAAAUAGAGUGAAAAUUGCUGUAACUUGCAGCGUAUUUGUAGCAGCUGGAAGCAUCUACUAUGUCUCCCACAUUCAAGAAACCCCCAUCACCCACAGACGACGCUUUGUCGCGUUUACGACGGAGCAGUUCCGCAAGAUAUCAGACUUCGAGUUUCAAAUGCAAUACGAGAUGUUCAAAGACCACCUGCUGCCUUCAUUUCAUCCUGCCUACGCUCGCGUGACACGAGUGGCAAAUCAACUCCUCCGCGGUAACCAUGACGUCGACAGAAUUCACGACAUGUCCUGGUCGGUGUCCGUCGUAAAGAUGCCAUUGCAGAAUGCCUUCGUCCUACCCAGUGGCCAGAUCUUUGUCUUCCAGGGGAUGUUGGAUCUCUGCGAAAAUAACGACCAGCUUGGCAAUGUUCUUGCACAUGAAAUGGCACAUUGCAUUCUGGGUCACGGGGCGGAGCAAGUUAGCUAUGCACAUCUCCUAGAUCUCAUUAUUAUUGUGUUCCUGGCUGCGAUCUGGGCUGUGAUGCCUACAGAUGCGAUUGCUUUAUUUGCCCACUGGUUUUUCCAUAGAGUAAUCGAUGUUUUACUACACUUGCCUUAUAGUCGUAAGCUGGAAUUGGAAGCUGACGAAGUGGGGUUGCAGCUUGCGGCCAAGGCAUGCUUUGAUGUUCGAGAAAGCAGUGCCUUCUGGAGCAAAAUGAGCCUCAUGGCUCAAGAGCAGCAGCCAGUCGAAUUCCUUUCGACGCACCCAAAUCAUGAACAUCGUUCCGAGCAUCUCGACAAUCUCAUGAACGAGGCUCUGCAAAUCCGUCGUCAAUGCGGCUGUGCCGAAGUGCCACAUAAAGACCCUCGCACAUUGUUGUCUGCGCUCAAGAAAGAGCUAGAACUUCACAAGAACAACCAGCUGGCUGGUGUUGUGAUUCUGCAGAAACCCAAAUAGAUUUUUAAUGAAUUAAAGUUGUUAUAGGUUUGCCACUA